UUACCCGGGAACCCAUCCUGUUCCACCCAGAUGUCUCAAAACCCUUUAUUUUACAAACAGACGCCUCAGAAGUGGGGCAUGGGGCUGUGCUAUCACAGGAACGAGAUGGGGAGGAACACCUGGCACUGUACCUAAGCCAGAAGAUAUUUCCCUGAGAAGUCAAGUACUCCACCAUUGAGAAGAAAGCCCUAGUGGUAAAAUGGGCGAUAGAGACUCUGUGAUAUUACUUACUGGGGAGCUCCUUUCAUUUUAUUACAGACUAUGCACCCCUACGAUGGAUCAACACCAUGAAGGAUUCAAAUGCAUGGAUUAUAAGACGGUACCUAUGAGUUCAGUGUGUUAUACCACCCAGUGAAUUUUGACCACUUCCAGAUACUCCGAGCAAUCGGGAAGGGAAGCUUUGGCAAGGUGUGUAUUGUACAAAAGAGAGAUACGGAGAAGAUGUAUGCCAUGAAGUACAUGAACAAACAACAAUGCAUCGAAAGAGAUGAGGUUCGAAACGUGUUUAGAGAAUUAGAGAUCCUGCAGGAAAUUGAGCAUGUAUUCUUGGUGAAUCUCUGGUACUCUUUUCAGGAUGAAGAAGACAUGUUUAUGGUAGUGGAUUUACUCCUAGGUGGUGAUCUACGGUAUCAUCUACAGCAAAAUGUUCAAUUCACGGAGGAAACAGUGAAGCUUUAUAUUUGUGAGAUGGCACUAGCUCUAGACUAUUUACGAAGUCAGCAUAUUAUUCACAGAGAUGUAAAACCAGACAACAUUCUCCUAGAUGAGCAAGGUCAUGCACACCUAACAGAUUUUAAUAUUGCAACAAUAAUCAGAGAUGGUGAAAAAGCAACUGCGUUAGCUGGAACCAAACCAUAUAUGGCUCCAGAGAUUUUUCACUCUUUUCUGAAUGGUGGGACAGGCUACUCCUUUGAAGUUGAUUGGUGGUCUUUAGGAGUGAUGGCUUACGAACUUCUUCGUGGAUGGAGACCCUAUGACAUCCACUCCAGUAACCCGGUAGAGUCUUUAAUUCAGCUGUUUAGUACUGUAAGUGUGCAGUAUUCAUCAGUAUGGUCAAAAGAAAGUGUUGCUUUAUUGAGAAAGCUAUUGACAGUGAAUCCUGAGCAUCGAUUUGCCAGCCUCACUGACAUUCAAACUUCAGCUUACUUAUCAAAUGUCAUCUGGGAUGAUGUCUGUGAGAAGAAGGUGGAGCCAGGCUUUGUUCCUAAUAAAGGCCGUCUGCAUUGCGAUCCCACCUUUGAGCUAGAAGAAAUGAUCCUGGAGUCAAGACCCUUGCAUAAAAAGAAGAAAAGACUUGCAAAAAACAAGUCCAGGGACAACAGCAAGGACAGCUCACAGUCAGAAAAUGACUAUCUCCAGGAAUGCCUCGAAGCAAUCCAGCAAGACUUUGUAAUUUUUAACAGAGAGAAGUUGAAGAGGAGUCAAGAUCAAAUGAAUGAAUCUAUUUCUCCUCCUGAAACUACAGAUGAAGUCGAGACAGAAGCUGAAUCUGAGAAUUCCAAUUUAAAUAUGUGUAGCUCUGUAUGUUCUUCUACAGGCAGCAGCUAGGACUACAGUUUCAAGGCAAGGGGCCAAAAGCCUACAUGCCUCUUGAAUAAAUCAUUCUCAGGUUGCACUGAUGAAUAUAUACUGUACACUGCGUACUAUAAUUGAAAAAAAAGUCACAAAAUCAAUAUUGUAAAGCUGUAGCAGAGGUAGAUAGUUCUUAAAGAACUGAAUUCGUGGAUUUAAAUGAUGGCCAGUUCUGAACACUGGAUUACCUACUAUGAGGAAAAAUACUUGCUAUGCAACACCUUGGAGAAAAUAGUUCAGUUUCUUUCUUUGCUCUUUUUUAAUGGCAGGUUGCUGACUCAGGCACAUGUGAAGAUGGUAAGUGAACAGGUCAAAUCCUUGCAUAUGAGCAAGGAGCAUGCAGCACAAGUGUGUGUUUGGGAAAGGUUGAGAAGAUGAUGUAAAGCUCACCUUUGCACUCUGGAGAACUGUUUACUGGAUUGGCCCCUUGAGUAAAUUAGAGAAGCCCUCAGGCUGCUCUAAUUAAUGACAGGUGCUAACAGCCUCAAGGAACUAAAUAGCUGAGGAGCAUGCAGUUUAAGAGCACCUCAGCCACACCCUCUUUCUUCUGGCUGCACGCUACAUGUAGGACCCUCUCUGUCAACUCAAUGCAACUGGAUGCUUCUCCUUGCACUGGGCCAAUCCCUGAGGGGCUGGAUAUACUGGCUUUACAAAGAGAAUCUGUUAGUGGAGUGGCACAAAGUGGUUGCACUGCACCAAAGGAUCUGGUUUAAAAUAUUUAAUCUCCUUGUAUGGCUAUGCUUAGCUGCAAGGAGCUUUGCAAAUUACAAGCAAAUGAAUCAGAAAUUAUUCUAUUUUUUCAACUCAUUUAAUUAAUCGGACAUAAGUUAUAUUGGAUUUCGGUUUUACUGGAAACAUACACUGUGGGUAGCCAUAAAAUGCUGCUCAAUAAUAGAAGAAAGGUGGUGUCAGUUUUACCCUUCUGUUUACUUUAUUCUAAGUGUAAAAUAAAGUACUGUACAUAAUCUACUGGUACCUGUCUUAACUUUUCAUUAGGACAGGAGAUCUCUUGACUUUGCUCCAGCUGUGGAUAUUGCCUAAUUGUUUCAGAAGCCUUUUCUAUGUUAGGCUUAGUGGCUUAUUCUACUGUAUAGUGGCUUUAAGUUACUAUUACUGAAAUCAAGCCAUCAGUUCUACUACGCCAUUCAAUUAUUGUGCCGUGCAUAUAUCUCAUUACAAUUACAUCCACACAAAAGCUAUCACAAUCUGUUUGUUACCAGACCUUAAGAAAUUUGUCAUG